AUGACAACCGGAGGUGAAGGAGCGGUACAGCCUUAUAUGUUUGAGCCUGAGUCAGACCCAGAGCAAGAAGAGGCUCCCGAACAAGUUUUGCAAUCACGGAUGCAACAAGAUGUGUCUGAAUGGUGUACUUGUCACAACUGUGCUACUAUGCCUACAGAACCAGAAAAUGUAUGCUGCAUGGAAAUACCACAGGUUCAAAGAAGAUUACAACAAGUUGAGAAUCCUCCGGCAUGUAUGGUGGACCACCCUGGCCUUGAACCUGUGUGUCUAAAUGUAUUCUCUCUGCAGAAUGCAUAUAAUAUCUUUAGAGCUGACUAUGGGCCGUUACAUCUACGGGGAAUACACCAUCGUUACAGAUAUUUGGCCUACAGAAGCUUUGUAAGCUGGGUUUGGGGCUUUCUGGGCCGGAAAAUAAGAGUGGUGAAUCCUUCAUGCGUAGUUCUACGCAUACGACGGGAAUUCCCCGACACUCAGGGAGCAUAUGUAGGAUUCAGACCACCCCUUGAUUGA